AUGCCGCAGACGAGGAUAGUACAGCUACUCUUCUACCAGGCGCAGCCCAACGACCACUUCAUGAACCGGCUGGUGUCGUGGUUCGACCCGCCGUACGUGCACGUGGAGAUCCGCUUCGAGGACGGGAUGGCGAGCUCGGUGUACGCGGGGGAGACGGUGUUCUUCCGGAACCGGACGUACGCGAACCCGCACUACCGCAUCGAGACGUUCACGGUGGAGGACAGGGACUACCAGGCGAUGUACCGGCACUGCCGGCUGCGGGCGGCGCACAACGUGGGGUUCGACGGGCUGGGGAUGUACCUGGCGAUCCUGCCGCUGAUCAGCCGGAACCCGCCGGACCGCACCUUCUGCAGCCGGUACGUGACGGAGGUGCUGCAGCUGGGCAACGUGCCCGAGUUCGUGAUGCUGACGCCGUGCCGGACGACGCCGAGCAUGCUGUUCAAGGCGGUGCGGAGCUCGAACCGGACGCUGUUCAGCAGCGUGCCGUUCAAGAUCGAGCUGGCGGUGCAGGGGGCCUGCGGGCCGCAGGACCUGCACCCGGGGAAGAAGCGGCGGGGGACGGUGACGGAGGAGGGGAUCGUGCCGAUCGCCUUCACGCCGAGGGUCUGA